CAUCAUUGUCACGGCCUCAGGGGCGAAACAAAAUUUCCCACGGCUUCCCAUCGAGAGCGAGGGUGCCCUCCCGACUCCGAGAUGGCGGCGCCGGCGGCGGACGAGACAUGGUGCCGGGAGACGGUGCCACGGGUGAUGGAACUGGUGAGUCCACGCCUUCCGCAGCGGGACGCUUGCGCUCUGCUCGCGGUCAGCCCUUGGUGCUACCGUGCCCUCGUCGCCAACCCCAGGCUCUGGGAGGUACUUGAUCUACGUGAGAUGAAGAAUGCUGGAGACCGACUUAUUUCAGCACUUUCACUGGCAAGGUAUCGUCAUCUCAAAGUACUAAACCUCGAAUUUGCUCAAGAUAUUGAGGACCGACAUUUUGUUCAUCUAAAAGAAAUGAGUGGCAUCUCACUGGAAAAUUUGGAAUUCCUGAACUUAAAUGCAUGUCAGAAGAUCUCUGAUAAAGGAAUUGAAGCUGUUACCAGUCUUUGUCCUAAUCUUCAGCGCCUUGCUAUCUAUUGGAUUGUAGGACUGACAGACUUAAGCAUUGGGCACAUUACAAAGAACUGUAAGCAGAUAGUGGACCUCAACUUGAGUGGUUGUAAGAAUAUCUCAGAUAAAGGAAUGCAGUUGAUUGCUAAUAAUUACCAAGAACUAAAGAAAUUGAACAUAACCAGGUGUGUUAAGUUGACAGAUGAUGGUCUUAAACAAGUCCUUCUGAAAUGUUCUUCACUUGAAAGCCUAAACCUUUAUGCCCUUUCGAGUUUUACUGACAGGGUUUAUAAGGAGAUAGGAUCAUUGAGUAAUCUUACAUUUCUAGACCUAUGUGGUGCUCAGAAUCUAACGGACGAUGGUCUUGCAUGCAUAUCAAGAUGCGGAUGUCUAACAUACCUCAAUUUGACUUGGUGUGUACGUGUUACUGACGCUGGCAUUGUAGCUAUUGCGCAAGGUUGUCGGUCCCUCGAACUGUUAAGUUUGUUUGGAAUAGUUGGGGUGACUGAUGCAUGCCUCGAGGCUUUGUCAAAAUCUUGCUCGUCCAGCCUCACAACUCUCGACGUAAAUGGCUGCAUAGGUAUUAAGAGGAGGAGCCGGGAUGACCUGCUGAAGCUGUUCCCAUCACUGAGUUGCUUCAAAGUGCACAGCUAGCAGCCACCAUGGUUUUCGGCGGCUUUGCAUUCUACAUCUAGGAAGGGGAAGGGAGGUAUUCCGGUGUGUGUUUUGACGUCAAGUUCAUGUGUUCACCCUUUUUUACACGACUAUGUAUGUAUUUAUUUUAUUAAGAGCAAGAGGAGUUCUACAGCAGUCCAAUCUAUGGAAGCGGCUAACCGUCCUGAGUUGGCAAUCUGAAGCAUAUCUCUGGUGCCUUGAAA